GAGGCGCUUCAUGUUACAUGUUAGUUCCUGUAGCCACUCCUAGCAGAUGUUUCUAUGUUCCCGCCCCUCCACAGAUCUCUCUUCAUCAGGAUGGGUGUGAGCAACAUGGUGGAACAUGCAGCUGCUGGUAAGACUCAUUUCCUGCUUCAUGUGAGAUCUGUUGUCCUUCAGAGCGCACACAUCCUUUCUGUUCAGGGAAAGUGAAACUGUUUGACAGUUACUGUGAAGAGGAAAAUGGCGCAGCAGGAAAAUCAGCUCGACCGAGAAACCUUCUCUUGUUCCAUCUGUCUGGAUCUACUGAAGGAUCCGGUGACUAUUCCCUGUGGACACAGUUACUGCAUGAACUGUAUUAAAAGCUUCUGGGAUGGAGAGGAUCAGAAGGGAAUCUACAGCUGCCCUCAAUGCAGGAAAACUUUCAUACCGAGACCUGUCCUGGUGAAAAACACCAUGUUAGCAGCUUUAGUGGAGCAGCUGAAGAAGACUGGACUCCAAGCUGCUCCUGCUGAUCACUGCUAUGCUGGACCUGAAGAUGUGGUCUGUGAUUUCUGCUCUGGAAGAAAACUGAAAGCCAUCAAGUCCUGUUUAGUCUGUCUGGCCUCUUACUGUGAGAAACACCUUCAUCCUCAUUAUGAAUCACCUACAUUCAAGAAACACAAGCUGGUGGAGCCCUCCAAGAACCUCCAGGAGAACAUCUGCUCUCGUCAUGAUGAGGUGAUGAAGAUGUUCUGCCGUACUGAUCAGAAGUGUAUCUGUUAUCUCUGCCCUGUGGAUGAACAUAAAGGCCACGACACAGUCUCAGCUGCAACAGAAAGGACUGAGAGGCAGAGAGAGCUGGAGGUGAGUCGACAAGAAAUCCAGCAGAGAAUCCAGGACAGAGAGAAAGAUGUGAAGCUGCUUCAACAGGAGGUGGAGGCCAUCAAUCACUCUGCUGAUAAAACAGUGGAGGACAGUGAGAAGAUCUUCACUGAGCUGAUCCGUCUCAUCCAGAAAAGAAGCUCUGAUGUGAAGCAGCAGAUCAGAUCCCAGCAGGAAACUGAAGUGAGUGGAGUCAAAGAGCUUCAGGAGAAGCUGGAGCAGGAGAUCACUGAGCUGAAGAGGAAAGACGCUGAGCUGAAGCAGCUCUCACACACAGAGGAUCACAACCAGUUUCUACACAACUACCCCUCACUGUCAGCACUCAAUGUGUGGGGACCUGUUGCUGCAGACGUUACUGAAGAGAAUGGAAAUCUCUGAGAAACCAGCCUUUAACACGCAUGAAGGGAGCGAUGGUGUUAAAAGUGACGUCCUUCCCUCUCACCACUGCCAUCCAGGCCAUCCGACGCUUCAGUUACAUCAUCAUCCUGCUAUCCAAAGCUUCUUUUCCAAGUGGGAAACCAAAAAAUCUAACUUUGUGGCCUACUUUUCUACCUUCUUUUGUCAUGUGACUUAGUAUGGCACUCUUCCAUUCAACACAAGACUCCCAUUUUAUCAAAGAUUUUAAUGCAGGCAAAGACGAUGCACAGUUGUUUACAACGAGGACGCAAUCAACAUUGACCCACAAUACACUGCUGAUAUCCAGACCGUUACGUCACCUGACAAAGACCAAUGUGGUUACGUGUGUGGUAAAUGGUCUAACUCAAAGCAGAAGUAAAGCUAACGGAAAUGCAGCAAGUAGAGCUUGGAACAUAGAUGAUACUUAGCGCAACAUCCCUGAUCAUAUUACAACAAAUCAGACGUGGUCGAUUCCAUUAAGUUGGACUUAUUCAAUUUUCUCUCUGUGUAGAAUUACAUGAACAAACAGCUUAUAUUUGAUUAACCCAGAAUACGUUGGUUCUAUUCAAGACAUUUUUAUUUAAAAUUUACUUUAAUAAUUACCACAAAAAUCAAGGACAAAUUAAUAUUGAAUGUAUUUUACCAAAUUCAUUACUUCAAACCUAUAUGACCACAGAAUCAUUUAUUACAGUGUAUGGUGGAUCGUUUGUAAUCAACAUUACAGACUUCUGGGUCUGGUGCAUUCAGUUUUUCAGAUAACACGAUGUCAGGAGCACAUACACAAUCCUGAAAUUACAAGGAAUCCAUUGAUACCAGUGACAUGUGGUGGGGUUCAUGACUGGUGAGGUACUGUCAGAUUUACAUUGUAAGAACUGAAAAGAGCAUCUUAUUUCACAUUUCAUCCACCAGCAUGCAACUAUGCCCCCUUGAGGUGAGGCAGAGUACUUCCUGUCUCACCUGCUGACUUUUCUCUGCACUUUAUUGUUCGAGAAACAUGAAUAACUUGCAAAAGUUGCAAAAGAAACAACUUCAUAUUUAUAUUACAUAACUCAGAGAAAGAUUUAAAUUAUCUAAUAAUCCUCCCACAUGUUCAUACAACAUAAUUACUCAAGCUAUUAUGUCAGUCUGGCAUCAGUCUGUAAACCAGAAACUGUAAUAAUAUAGACGUCCUUAUAAAUGAAGCUAAAUAAAGCAAACGGUUGAACACUGGUGUAAACAGUUGUUGUCUGUCUGCCAGUGUGUGUCUACACAUUUUUUUUAACCACAAUUGCACAUUAUAUUGUUCCAGUGUUGAAAUUUCCAUUCAAAGAUGUUAAA